UUGAGGACUAUGGCACUCGCCUGCGAAGCCUCUGGAAGCUGCACAUGAGGGACACCCUGCUGAAAGGACAAGAUAAUUGCCUACGAGAGCAUCGCAGGGAGAGAGCUCACCGCCCACAAUCCUGCUCCAUUCCUCAUCAUCCUUCUCCCCCUAUCACGAGGACCGACCCCAGUAAUCCUCCUGCAAGUGCUUCUGCUGCCAUUUCCUUGCCUCUUGCUUCCUCCGGCCAAAAGGGGAGCUCACCAGUAGCAGGACUGGAAACCACCAUGUGCAAAUUCAGUUUCACUUCAUCUCAUCUCAUCUCCUCUUGCUCUGAUAAUUCUUGGACAGCCUUGGCUGAGACUGCACAAUCCCCACAUCGACUGGGCAGCAGGAAAGGUAGUGAGCUGGAGUUCCAUCUGUCAUUCGACAUGCCUGCAUGCCUGCUCUUCCCCCAGUGGGCACUGAUACUCCAUCUUCAUCCAAACCAGAAACUCUUGAUCUUUCCAACAUUUCCCCUGAAUAUCAUGACGGUAGUGAAGUCCUCAGUAAACAGCAUGGCCUAUCCCUACCACCUCACCACCCAUACUAUUGUGGAAUCAACCUACUCCCAGGAGCACCUCUUCAUACCAGUCCUUUGUACAACCUGUCCUGUCCAGAGAGAGAAUCCAUGGAGAAGUACAUCAAGGAAUCCCUUGCAGAAGAUCCCGCCGCCAACACUGCUACUGCUGACACAUCAACACCCCCAACAGAGCUUAAGACGGAGGUACCUGGACAACUGGACCCCUCCAGGAUAGAGGUGGUUUCAGUAACAGAGGAAGACCUCCCCACUGUUGAGACCCCUAACACACUAAACGUCAGCCCCCUGGGUAGUUUUGCUGCUGACCCUGAAUCAGGGGGCCAUCCUGCCAAACUUGAAGAGCCCCAGCCUCCAGCUGCACCUAGCCUGACCAUGCCAAUCACCAAGGUGCAGCCGUUUAUCCACGAGGAUGACUUGGAGAAAAGCUGGAAGGACAGACUGCUGGCACACCGCUCUGAGCUGCUAAUUGCUUCAUGCCUCAUCGUGGUGGUCACUCUCGCUCUCGGCAUUGGCCUCGGAGGUCCCUCCCACACGGUGCAGUGCAGUCAGAAUAUAUGA